GACAAGUAAAAGAGAAAAAGAGAAGUUGGCCGCCUCUGUUUCUCCGUCACUCCGUAUAUACGUACACGCCGCUGUAUCUAUAUACGGCAACAUUUCUUAACUUUUGCUUUUAAACCAUUCCUGCUCCUGCUCAAUUCAUGGCCGCGCUUUCGCCGCCGAUCAAACCGGCGCCGCUCGCCUCGACGAGAACUGCUCGCGCCGAUCACGCUCUCCUGUCCUCCGUGUCGUACGCGAAGCGGAGCCGGAUUCCGAGGACAAUUCAGGUGAGGGCAGAUGCGGCGACGCAGGCGAGCAUUGAUUUCAGCGAUCCGGAUUGGAAGUCAGAGUAUCAGCGCGAUUUCGAGGCUCGCUUCCGCAUUCCGCAUAUCACUGAUGUGAUUCCCGAUGCCGCCUCCUAUCCUUCCACCUUCUGCUUGAAAAUGAGGAGUCCUAUAAGUUCUCAAUUUGCGGAAGGUUAUCCAUCAGAUGAAGCGUGGCACGGUUAUAUCAAUAACGACGACAGAGUACUGCUUAAGGUUAUACGUUUUUCAUCUCCUACGUCUGCGGGUGCUGAGUGUAUCGAUCCUAAUUGUUCCUGGAUUGAACAAUGGGUUCACCGUGCCGGACCCAGGGAGAAAAUAUACUUCAGGCCAGAGGAGGUAAAAGCAGCAAUUGUUACAUGUGGAGGCCUUUGUCCUGGUCUCAAUGAUGUGAUACGUCAGAUAGUCAUCACCCUUGAGAUAUAUGGUGUGAAGCAGAUUGUUGGGAUUCCCUUCGGUUAUCGCGGCUUUUCCGACACAAAUUUAGCUGAGAUGCCUCUCUCUAGGAAAGUGGUCCAAAAUAUUCAUCUUUCUGGAGGAAGCUUGCUAGGAGUUUCACGGGGAGGACCAACAGUGACUGACAUUGUGGAAAGUAUGGAGGAAAGAGGUAUAAAUAUGCUUUUCGUACUGGGUGGAAAUGGUACACAUGCUGGUGCCAAUGCCAUACACGAAGAGUGCCGCAAAAGAGGUUUGAAGAUAGCUGUAGUUGGUGUGCCAAAAACCAUUGACAAUGAUAUUCUGCUUAUGGAUAAAACAUUUGGUUUUGAUACGGCCGUUGAAGAGGCACAAAGAGCAAUUAAUUCUGCAUAUAUUGAGGCGCAUAGUGCUUAUCGUGGCAUCGGGAUUGUGAAAUUGAUGGGUCGAAGCAGUGGUUUCAUAGCUAUGCAGGCAUCUCUUGCUAGUGGGCAGAUUGAUGUAUGCCUGAUUCCGGAGGUAAAAUUCAAUCUGCAUGGACCUCAUGGUGUCCUAAAUCACCUAAAAUACCUGCUUGAGAGAAAGGGGUCUGCUGUUCUCUGUGUUGCAGAAGGAGCUGGUCAGGAUCUUCUACAGAAGACCAAUGCUACAGAUGCAUCAGGGAACAUCGUUCUGGGGGACAUUGGUGUUCACAUACAACAAGAGGUGAAGAAGUUUUUCAAAGAGAUGGGACAUCCGGCAGACGUGAAAUACAUUGAUCCGACUUACAUGAUCCGUGCAUGCCGUGCAAAUGCAUCAGAUGGGAUUCUAUGCACUGUGCUUGGCCAAAAUGCCGUUCAUGGUGCGUUUGCUGGGUAUAGUGGCAUCACCGUGGGAAUAUGCAAUACACACUACGCGUAUUUCCCAAUUCCGGAAGUGAUAGCUCAGGCCAAGGUCCUCGAUCCCAACAGCCGUAUGUGGCAUCGAUGCUUAACCUCAACUGGCCAACCAGACUUCAUGUAAUUAAUUUAUGUCCGACAAGCAAAGACAUGACAAUUCAUUCUGCAGAGUAGAAGAAAACGGGCUGCCUUUGCCUGGUAGUUUCACCCUAUUUAUCCCAACAAUUUUCAAGUGUACAGCAUUCACAUAGCCAUAACGAGGCGGUAAUAAGCUUAAUUUUUUGGACUUUCAGCCCAAGGAAAAAACACUUAAGCCCUACAUUGGGAUAGUGAAAAAUUUGUUAGUGCUAGACUUUUAACGCCACAAAAAAUUGAUUCUUUGGUGGUUAGUACUGAGAUAGUCUUCAUAUGAACAGGUAUAUUCUGAUUUUGUAUGUCAUUCAGAUCCUGUUACGCGCAUGUUAUAUGUGAAAUAAAUAUUUGUUUGAUUACCUAGAA